AAGCAGGCGGGCUUGGAGCCCGGUCGCCCCAGGCAGGGUUUGCUGGCUUGCAGGGACACGGGAAUAACUUCUGUGCAGGGCAGUGACACGGCUCGGUUCGCUCUACCCAUGGAAGAAAUUGAAGCCAGAGAAGCCUGCGACUGGCUGAGGGCUGCCGGCUUUCCCCAGUAUGCUCAGUUAUUUGAAGAUAUGCAGUUUCCUAUUGACGUAAAAACUGUGAGGAAAGAUCACGACUUCUUAGAUGCAGAUGCAAUUGAAUCACUAUUCAGACGACUGAACACACUGAACAAGUGCGCAUCAAUGAAAGUGGAAAUAAGCCAUCAGAGGAAACAGAGCGAUGACUCUGAUGAUGAUGAACCUUGUGCAAUAAGCAACAAAUGGGCUUAUGAGCGGUGCAGUCAGAAGUGGUCUCGUCUUGACAGCCUGGAAAGUUUCGCAGGACAAGAAGGUGCUGGUGCAUCGGUCCCAGGCAGUCCAAUACUGAAGAGCAUCAGCAGUGAAGACACAGUCCUUUUGGUUCAUAGUGAGAAACAUGAUGUGUCCUCAAUCCACAGUACUAGCAGUGGUGACAGUGAUGUUGUUAGCUUCCCCAAAGCUUUUGAAGAUGUGGAAACCAGCACGAGUUUCAUGAGUAAAGUUGCUUCACUGGACUCUGCUUUUAGUUGUUCACCUCCCCCUAGUGAAUUUUUAAAUAUCACCAGUGAAGAGAAGCUUUUGGAUAGGUCACCAUUCAAAAAGAGGACGAGCCUUCUAAAGAAAAUGGAGAAGUUGCACUUAAGGAGCUGCAACUUAAGGAGUGGUCAGUCAAAGGCCAAACCCAUAAUAAGCGAGCCUGUUCUUCUGGAAGGGUUUAAUGAAGAAAAAAUGAAGCUGCUUAACUGUGUAAAUAUUGCUGACCUCUCUGGCACCCAAACAAAGAACAAUUCCUCCUGUUCUCCCGAGAGCUGCAGUAGCAGCAAUCAUUCUGAAAUCAGCAGCACAGUGAGCACUCCAGGUCCUCUUAUAAAACCACAAAGACACUGUGAAAGAAAGGGAAUGUAUGCAGAAGACUUGGAGUCUGGCAAGCUCUUCCUAUGGAACAAUGUAUCUCAGCAAAACCUCAAAAACGAAGUCAAGUUACAGAUGAACCAGAUGUUUCAAGUACCACAAGGCCAUAAGCCUGGCACUUUCCCUACAGUACUUACAAACAGUUCCCUGUCUUCAAUGGACAACUCUUCUGUCAACUGGAGAACUGGGAGUUUUCAUGGGUGCAGAAGGAGCCGGAGCAGAAGCAGUUCCAAGGACUCCCAAGCCCCCAGCAGCCCCCUUUCAUGCACAGAUAACAGGCUGAGUGUAUACGACAACCUGCCCGAUUUUCAGUUUGAUAAGUUGGAGGCAACGGACGUUGGUGAUGAUGAUGUUUUUUCAGAACUGAACAAUGUUGUAGAAGAUGUCAACGGUCUCAAAAAGUUGGUCGAUCAGUGGACACAGAAGUUCUCAGAUGAUGGGGAUUUGGACUUUGCCAGUGACUUGACCUCUCUGUGUCCAUCCUCCCCUAAAGAAAUCCAUCUUGACACAGAGCACUUGGAAGAUAAGACAUCAGAUGUCCCAACCACUGAGGGAGAGAGCAGCUGUGAACUGGACAAGGAGCUCAGUUCUACAGAGCUGAUGUACAUAACAGACCCUAAAAAGACCAGCAGGCACAGGAAGCAACACUGGUCUGUGGAAGAGAGCGAGAACCUGGACAGCCUUUCCAUCCAGGGUGACAGUCAGGCAGCUGCCCAGCUAGCCCGGACACAAAAGCUGGCUUUGUUGAAACUCACUACUCUAAUGGACAGAUACUCCCCAUCCAGUAAGCAGGGCUGGAACUGGACUAUACCAAAGUUUAUUAAAAAAAUAAAAGCCUCCGACUACAAGGGCAAAAAUGUGUUUGGGGUCCCCUUGAUUCUGAAUGUUCAGCGGACAAGCCACCCACUGCCCAAUGGCAUCCUGCAAGCACUGGACUAUUUAAGAAGCCACUUCCUUGACCAGGUUGGCCUGUUCCGAAAAUCUGGUGUUAAAUCCAGGAUCUUGUCUUUAAGAGAAAUGAAUGAAGCCAGCCCAAACAACGUAUGUUAUGAAGGGCAGUCAGCAUUUGACGUGGCAGAUAUGGUGAAGCAGUAUUUCCGAGACCUUCCCGAGCCUAUAUUUACUAGCAGGCUUUGUGAAUCCUUCCUCCACAUCUACCAAUACGUGCCAAAGGACCAGCAGCUUCAGGCUGUCCAGGCUGCCAUUCUCCUUCUCCCAAAGGAAAACCAAGAAGCUCUGAAAAUCCUCCUGUUCUUUCUACGAGAUGUGGUUGCUUUUGUUGAAGAAAACCAGAUGACCCCAACCAACAUCGCUGUCUGUCUCGCACCGUCGUUGUUUCACCUCAACACCCUGAGACGGGAUAGCUCCUCCUCCUCCACUCGAUUGAGCCAGAGGAAGUACAGCCUGGGGAAGCCGGACCAGAGGGAGCUGAGCGAGAACCUGGCAGCGACGCAGGGCUUGGCCCACAUGAUAAUGGAGUGCAACACGCUCUUCCAGACUGACUUCCCGGCUUGACCUCGGCCCUUCCUCGUCACUAUGGACAUUCCUGGCCAUCACUGGACUGUGGCUCACCCUGGUUGCUGUCACCGGACCCCA